AUGGUUUUUUUUUUGAAUUCUCAGAUACUUGACGAAUCUAUGUGUGUUGUUCGUGAAGAUCUUACGGAAUGGUUACAACAUUAUUUAUUUUCAACGGCUAACGCAUGUCCCAUAGAAGCACAUUAUCUACUUUGUCGUUUAGCAUCAGGUCUGUGGCUUUCUAGACUAGCUUAUAAACUACAUUAUUCGAUUUUGGAAUCAGGUUAUCAAAUUGCAUUAAAAUCAAAAUCAACACAUAAUAAUAACAAUAAUAAUAAUGGUCGUUCAUAUGAAUUUCUGAGAGGUGCAGUGUCCAAUCGUGACUUGAAAAAUCUUACUCCAGUUUCAUUACCAUCAUUUCCCUCCACAUUAACUGAUUGUGCUAAACUACCACUUGGUCCGUCAGAUCUCUGUUCCUUUUCAUCACAACCUUCUACUCAUAAACGUAAUUCAAAUAUGUCAAAUUGUGAUAUGGAUUUUCCUAAAGAAAAUAUCUCAAUAAAAUCUCGAGUUGCUGAUCGUUGGAUAGCUCGUGAUAAUGUUAGUGCGUUUAUUAAAUGGUGCAAAGAUUUGGGUGUACCAGAAACAAUAUUAUUUGAAACAAAUGGAUUAACACUUCUGUUUCAUACUUGCUUAACGUACCUGUAA